AUGUCAUCAGCACCUGUAACAACUACUCUAGGCCGUAAGUUGGCCCAGAAUGUGUUCAACAAGCAAACUCUUAAGUACGUGUUUACCACGCACUUCUGGGGUCCGGUGUCUAACUUCGGUAUUCCUAUAGCAGCAAUAAUGGAUUUGCAAAAUAAGCCUGCAGACACAAUCAGUGGUCCAAUGACUUUAGCAUUAACAUUGUAUUCUGCUGUGUUCAUGAGAUACUCACUGGCCAUUACCCCAAAGAAUUACUUACUUUUAGGAUGCCAUAUCAUCAAUGAAGCUGCUCAAUUAGGACAAGGUGCAAGAUACUUAAAUUAUCAUUAUUUGACCGGUGCAAGUGCCAAGCCAGAGGGAAAGAAGGCUUAA